AUGAAAAAGGAUCAAAGACAGUCCAUAGACAAUAACAGCGGCGGUAGCAACCUGAGUAUUAAAGAUGAAGUGGAAAAGGAAUUGAACAAGAAGGGUACUUUUGAAUUGUAUAAGAAGAUAAAGACACAGAGGAUUCCCUUCUUUCUACCGUUUAAAUGUUUGCCUCCAAGCCAUAAGAAACUUUUAGGCGUAUCCUUCGUGUGCGCCACCAUAUCGGGCGGCUCCUUGCCGUUCUUCGUGUCAGUUUUUGGGGUCAUUAUGAAAAAUAUGAACUUAGGGGAAAAUGUAGAUGAUAUAAUAUUUUCACUGGUGCUAAUUGGAAUAUUCCAGUUUGUUAUGUCUUUUAUUUCGAGCUUCUGCAUGGAUAUCGUAACGACUAAAAUUUUGAAAACACUCAAGGUAGAAUUUUUGAAAAGUGUAUUUUAUCAGGAUGGCCAAUUUCACGAUAAUAACCCUGGAUCAAAAUUGACAUCAGACUUGGAUUUUUACUUAGAGCAAGUCAAUGCAGGAAUCGGCACAAAGUUUCUUACUAUAUUUACAUAUACAAGUGCAUUUUUGGGUUUGUACUUUUGGUCUCUAUUUAAAAAUGCGAGGUUGACUCUGUGCGUAACGUGCGUAUUCCCCUUGAUAUAUAUUUGCGGUGUUAUUUGCAACAAGAAAGCGAAGAUUAAUAAGAAAACAUCUCUGUUGUAUAAUAACAACACCAUGUCUAUCAUCGAAGAAGCUUUAGUUGGCAUCCGAACAGUUGUGAGCUAUUGUGGUGAACAUACUAUAUUGAAAAAAUUUAACUUGUCCGAGAAGCUAUACAGUAAGUAUAUGUUGAAGGCAAACUUCAUGGAAUCUUUACACAUUGGUAUGAUAAAUGGGUUCAUUUUAGCAUCUUACGCUUUUGGUUUUUGGUAUGGUACGAGAAUUAUCAUCUCUGAUUUGAGUAAUGCGCAAUCGAACAAUGAUUUUCAUGGAGGCUCUGUCAUCUCCAUCCUACUAGGAGUACUCAUCAGUAUGUUUAUGCUGACCAUCGUUUUGCCAAACAUAACUGAAUAUAUGAAAUCGUUGGAAGCUACAAACAGUUUGUACGAAAUUAUCAACAGGAAACCUCUCGUCGAGAAUAAUAAUGAUGGAAAGAAAUUAAAGGACAUUAAAAAAAUUCAAUUCAAGAAUGUACGUUUUCAUUAUGAUACUAGAAAAGAUGUGGAAAUUUACAAGGAUCUUAAUUUUACCCUGACGGAAGGAAAAACGUAUGCAUUUGUUGGAGAGUCGGGUUGUGGAAAAUCAACCAUCUUAAAGUUAAUAGAAAGGUUGUAUGACCCAACUGAGGGAGAUAUUAUCAUUAACGAUUCUCACAAUUUGAAAGAUAUAAACCUGAAAUGGUGGAGAUCCAAAAUCGGAGUAGUUAGUCAGGAUCCACUUCUCUUUAGCAAUUCGAUUAAGAACAACAUCAAGUAUAGUUUGUACAGUUUGAAAGAUUUGGAAUAUUUAUCUGACCAAUUGAAUGAAGAUGGUUCCGCUUCGCAAGACGGGCUCGACAAGCGCAACAGUUGUAGAGCCAAAUGCGCUGGAGAUCUAAACGACAUGAUGAAGACGACAGACUCGGAUGGAUUGAUACACGCGAGGAAGAACUACAAUAUUAUUGAUGAUUCCGAAGUUGUGAAUGUUUCUAAAAAGGUGCUAAUCCACGACUUUGUGUCCGCUCUUCCAGAUAAAUACGAAACGCUGGUAGGUUCUAAUGCAUCAAAGUUGUCAGGUGGACAGAAGCAGAGAAUCUCUAUCGCUAGAGCUAUUAUUAGAAACCCAAAAAUUCUCAUUCUCGAUGAAGCUACGUCAUCCUUAGACAACAAGUCAGAGUACCUAGUACAGAAAACGAUAAAUAAUUUGAAAGGAAACGAAAACAGAAUUACCAUCAUUAUCGCACACAGACUGAGUACAAUCAGAUAUGCCAACACCAUUUUUGUCCUUUCAAACCGGGAAAAGGGAAACCGUUCCACCGUAGAUGUAGAUAUAAUUGGCGAGGACCCAACGAAGGAUAACAAGGAAAACAAGCAGAAGAAUGGAAAGAAAGGGGACACGAACAAAAACGAAAAAAUGAGUAACGCAGGAAGUUACAUCAUCGAACAGGGUACACAUGACGCGUUGAUGAAGAACAAAAACGGAAUCUACUACACUAUGAUUAAUAAUCAAAAGGUUUCAUCCAAAACUUCCAAUAACAACGAUAAUGACAAGGAUUCAGAUAUGAAGAGCAGCGUCUAUAAGGAUUCCGAAAGAGGUUAUGAUCCAGACGAAAUGAAUGGUAAUACAAAGAAUGGAAACGAAAGUGCAUCUGACAAAAAGAGUAACAAGAUGAGUGACGAGAACGCCAGUAGCAAAAAUGCGGGAGGAAAAUUAUCCUUUUUGAGAAACCUGUUUAAGAGGAAACCCAAAGCGCCAAACAAUCUCCGCAUGGUGUAUAGAGAAAUAUUUUCCUACAAAAAGGAUGUCGUUAUUAUAGCGCUAAGUAUAAUUGUCGCCGGAGGUUUGUACCCGAUGUUUGCACUUCUGUAUGCGAAGUACGUAUCCACUCUGUUCGAUUUUGCUAAUCUGGAAGCCAACUCAAAUAAGUACUCCCUCUACAUCUUAGUCAUCGCCAUUGCCAUGUUCAUUUCCGAGACACUGAAAAAUUAUUACAACAAUGUGAUAGGAGAGAAGGUUGAGAAGACCAUGAAACAUCGACUGUUCGAAAAUAUUUUGUACCAAGAAAUUAGCUUCUUUGAUCAAGAUUGUCAUGCCCCUGGAUUGCUUUCAUCACAUAUUAAUAGAGAUGUACAUUUGUUGAAAACUGGUUUAGUAAAUAACAUUGUAAUUUUUACGCACUUUAUAGUUCUCUUCAUCGUUAGUAUGAUUAUGUCAUUUUAUUUCUGUCCAAUCGUGGCGGCUGUGCUAACUGGAACGUACUUCAUUUUUAUGAGAGUGUUUGCCAUUAGAGCAAGACUGUCAGCCAACAAGGAUGUAGAGAAGAAGGGAAUCAACCAACCAGGCACAGUGUUUCUGUAUAACAAUGAUGAUGAAAUAUUUAAAGACCCAAGUUUCUUGAUUCAAGAGGCAUUUUACAAUAUGAACACAGUAAUUAUUUACGGACUGGAGGAUUAUUUCUGUAAGCUCAUUGAGAAGGCUAUUGACUAUUCCAACAAAGGCCAAAAGAGAAAAACGCUAGUCAAUUCGAUGCUCUGGGGGUUCAGUCAAAGUGCCCAACUUUUCAUUAACAGCUUUGCCUACUGGUUCGGUUCCUUCCUAAUUAGAAGGGGUACAAUAGAAGUGGACGAUUUUAUGAAAUCUCUUUUUACCUUUUUAUUUACCGGUAGUUAUGCCGGAAAGUUGAUGUCAUUAAAGGGAGAUUCAGAAAAUGCAAAAUUGUCCUUCGAAAAAUACUACCCAUUAAUUAUGAGGAAGUCCAACAUCGAUGUUCGAGAUAAUGGAGGCAUUAGAAUUAAAAACACUAAUGACAUAGAUGGAAAAAUAGAAAUAAUGGAUGUGAAUUUUACAUACAUGUCCAGACCCAAUGUCCCUAUUUACAAAGAUUUAACCUUCUCUUGUGAUAGUAAGAAAACGACUGCUAUUGUUGGCGAAACAGGUAGUGGAAAAUCUACUGUAAUGAGUCUAUUGAUGAGAUUUUACGACUUGAAAAAUGACCACCACAUUGUUUUUAAGAAUGAGCACACUGAUGAUGUCAAUAACGAGAAAAAGGAACAGGGAGAUGAGGAACAAAACGUGGGAAUGAAGAAUGUAAACGAAUUCAGUUUAACAAAGGAAGGGUCACAUGGAGACAACAGUGCUGUUUUUAAGAACAGUGGAAAGAUAUUACUCGAUGGGGUUGAUAUCUGUGAUUACAACUUAAAGGAUUUGAGAAAUUUAUUCUCCAUUGUUAGCCAAGAACCCAUACUCUUUAAUAUGUCCAUUUAUGAAAAUAUCAAAUUUGGAAAAGAGGAUGCCACAAGAGAGGAUGUCAAACGUGCAUGUAAAUUUGCAGCUAUUGAUGAAUUUAUUGAAUCCUUACCAAAUAAAUAUGACACGAAUGUUGGGCCCUAUGGAAAAAGUUUAUCAGGUGGACAGAAGCAGAGGGUUGCCAUUGCUAGGGCGUUGUUGAGAGAACCCAAAAUUCUGUUGUUAGACGAAGCUACCUCUUCUCUGGACUCCAAUUCAGAGAAGCUGAUUGAGAAAACCAUCGUUGAUAUUAAGGACAAGGCCGACAGGACAAUUAUUACCAUUGCACACAGAAUUGCCUCUAUUAAGAGAUCGGACAAAAUUGUUGUUUUUAACAAUCCAGAUAGAACUGGUUCCUUUGUACAGGCCGAGGGAACGCACGAAGAGCUCCUCUCCGUGCAGGAUGGUGUUUAUAAGAAGUACGUAAAGUUGGCUAAGUAG